AUGUUUUACUCCCAAGUCAUUCUGGCGAAAAAGGGCCCACUGGCCAAAGUGUGGCUCGCCGCUCAUUGGGGCGACAAGAAAUUGGGAAGGCCCCAAAUUUUUGCCACCGACAUUUCCCAAAGUGUGGAAUCUAUAGUCAAUCCAACCGUCCCAUUAGCCUUGAGAGUCAGUGGACAUUUGCUACUAGGAGUAGUCCGCAUUUACAGCCGCAAAGUCAAGUAUGUCUUGAACGAUUGCACGGAAGCCAUGCUCAAAAUGCAAAUGGCUUUUUUGCCACGCAAAGACUUGCUGGAACAAACGGACCACAAAGACAGCAAGACUGUCACGACGGUGGCCAACUUUGGAGAAUACGAUCAGAUUCACAUUGUCGAAGGCUUUGCUCUGCCAUUGCCUGAUGAGAACGAAUGGAUUCUGGCGGAAGACGAAGAGAAUGAUGAAAUGAUGCACAAACUCAAUCAGCAACACUCGUCUCAAUUACAGCAGCAGCAGCGCCAAAACAAAUCUCCACAAGACGGCAGCAGCAGAAGCAAUUAUCAACCACCAGAAGAAGAACAUUGGGUUCCCUUUGAUCCUGAUAAUGAAGAUGAUGAUGACAAUGAACACGAUCAGUCUUUGGUUUCGGAAGUGGAAGUAGUUCGUGCGGCCAAUGAUGACUCGUUUUUGAGUGCUGAUCAGACCCGCCGGGAUUCCUCCUUGCUCCUCAACAGCGCCACAAAGGACCAAGUGCCAAAGUCCUCUGCCGACAGUGACAAUGAACCUGUCGAUUUUGGUGACGUUCCCUUUGGGGACGACGACGAUGAUGACGACAUGGCAGGACCACCCGAUACGCCAGUUACUGCUGGUGGUGUUGGUGGUGGCGUAGACGAUUCGCUCUUGGCAUUGUCGGUCCGUGGCAGCGAUGCUCACAACUUGUCGGCCAUUUCUGGGUUGGAGGAAACACCAGAUAGCAAAAAACGCCCCUCCCAAGUCACGCCUCGCCGCAAGCGCCGCAAACGUCGCAAGGUCGUUAUUGACAAUGAUGAAACCGAACUUUCGACAGAUCACAUCAAGCACAUGAUUGCCAAUACCAAUGACAUUGUCAAACGACAAGUGCAUCCGGCCGAACCCGAAGAUGGAGAAAUGGGCAAGCAAAAUCAUUCCAAGAGCAACAGGAUCUCUUUGACACAACCCUUUUUGGCCGACGAUGGACAUUUGCAUCCCGCCCUGCAAAAACUAUUUGCCGACAAUUUCUAUCAUGCUCUGGAUAACAAAUGUCCCUACGAACGGCAAGAAGUGAGCGAGGAUGUCGAACAAGUCCGCAAGGAUGUUGGUAGUGAUUUGGAAGACAAUGAUGGUGACGAAGAAAUGUCUACUACGGCGGCGCGCAAGGCGGCUGCUGCUGCUACCGACAAUAACAACAAUGACAGCAGCAGUGAUAAUGAACCAGCUGAUUUUGGAAAUGACUUUGGGGACAUGGAUGAAGAGGAGGAGGACCAACCACCACCGGAGGACAAUAUGGAGGUUCCCGAUUUGGAUGACAAUGACGAAGAAGAUGAAGAUGAUGUCUUGAAUCAUCAAGGACAAGGCCCUCCUGAUUCGGCAUUGGCAGACUGGGGUCUUGUCAAUGAACUCGCUCUGGAUUCCGAUGCUGAUGAAGAUGGUGACGAUGAAGAGAAUCGGGAAGCCAUCGGAGAUCAAAACUCCAACAGUACUAAAUGGCACAAGCAUACCGUCCGAGUCUUGCAGCUCCUUCAGUCCAAGAUCAAGUCUCCAGGUGAUGAAAAUCAAGAAGUAGAAGAAGGAGAAGGGACCUCAAAGCAGUCUCAUGUCCAAUUUGAAGACUUGUCGCAUAAUUGCACUCGUCGUACCGCCGCGUCGGUCUUUUUCGAAUUGCUCCAACUCAAGACUUGGGACUUUGUCGAACUUGAGCAGCCCGUUCCCUAUGGAGAUUUUGCCGUUUCGGCCGGUGUGCGCUUUUCCGAGCAGCCGCCCAACAAAUAA